UAUUUCAAAUUGCAACAAAAUUAGAGAUACCUUUGUUGUUGUUUUUUAUGUUCAUUUUUAAUCUUUUUAGUGUGCGCGGGCUUAAGUUCCAUUUGUUUUUGCUAUGAUAUAUUUUUAGGAAGAAGAGGAAACGCUUGUUUUUUGUUUUUUUAAUCGUGUUAUUGAUUUUUUAGCUCGUCUCAAUUUGGACUUGUUUGUUGCCUUGUGUUCGUAGCUCAGCACUGUUUGAACUAAUAACAACUCAUUCAAGAGAACCCGGCUAUGGAGAACGGUGAAAUUCCUGAAAACGCCAAUGAACAUUGCCCAGGUCCUCAGUCAGAGUCUGCGGGAAAAUCUGACUCCUGCCAAGGAUGCCCUAAUCAAGAAGCUUGUGCUACUGCCCCUAAAGGCCCCGACCCAGAUUUGGUUGCUAUUGCUGAACGAAUGGCUACAGUUAAGCACAAGAUAUUGGUUCUAUCAGGGAAGGGUGGAGUUGGAAAAAGCACAUUCUCUGCACAGCUCUCAUUUGCAUUAGCAGCUAUGGACUUCCAAGUUGGUCUCCUGGACAUAGACAUCUGCGGCCCUAGUAUCCCAAAGAUGCUUGGCCUAGAAGGUCAAGAUAUUCACCAAAGCAACCUUGGUUGGUCUCCUGUUUAUGUGGAAUCCAACCUUGGGGUUAUGUCCAUUGGAUUUAUGCUACCUGACCCUGAUGAAGCUGUCAUAUGGAGGGGACCUCGGAAGAAUGGACUCAUCAAGCAAUUUCUAAAGGAUGUAUAUUGGGGAGAUAUUGACUUUUUAGUUGUUGAUGCACCACCGGGGACUUCAGAUGAACACAUCUCUAUUGUCCAAUUCCUCCAGGCUACGGGAAUAGAUGGUGCGAUCAUUGUAACUACACCUCAACAGGUUUCUUUGAUUGAUGUGCGUAAAGAAGUGAAUUUUUGCAAGAAAGUUGGAGUCCCAGUUCUUGGGGUUGUUGAGAACAUGAGUGGCUUAUGCCAGCCAUUAACAGAUUUCAAAUUCAUUCGGGGAACGGAGAAUGGCGAGCAGAUAGAUGUGACGGAGAAAGUGAUAAAGUAUAUGAGAGAAAAGGCACCAGAAAUGUUAGACUUGAUUGCCUUGAGUGAAGUAUUUGAUACAAGUGGUGGCGGUGCGGCAAAAAUGUGCAUGGAGAUGGCUGUACCAUUCCUCGGUAAGGUACCUCUAGAUCCAAAGCUUUGCAAGGCAGCAGAAGAAGGAAGAUCUUGCUUUGCUGAUCAGAAAUGUGGGAUGAGUGUCCCUGCAUUGAAGAGUAUUAUCGAGAAACUACUGGCUGCAAACCAGUGGAACCAAGAACUGCAAAUGAACGAGUAAGAUGAUUGUCCAUCACUGAUUAUCUUCGCCACCUGAUUGCAGCGGAUCGAACUUUUUUUUACGUCUUUGUUUAGACCUUAUUUAUAGUUCUCGUUAGACUUUUUUUUCUAAAAAAUUUUAUGCGAUUUACAAAUAUUGUUCAAAGGUGCUCAACUUACCAUAAAUCAUUUUGGUUUGUGGUACUUGAACUGUCUUGUAUUAUAAGAUCCUUGUAUUUACUUAUACAAUAACACUACUCUUACAAAAGGCAAAUACAAAGAAGGCUUUACAAAUUUUGGCCUGUGU